GCCAAAAAAAAACAAACCUCUAGAUUCAAUGUCAGAAAAUGUCACUCAAUAAAUUUAUCAAAACAAACAAAACGGGAAAACGGAAUAUACGGAAAUAAAAAUAAAAAAAGACGACUAAAAAUUUAAUAUUUUUCAUGUUACUUUUACAAUAAGCUAUUCUCUUAGUAGACACGUUGAUGUGAAAAGAAGAAUUAUGGAACUUUUCAACUUCUGCCGAGAACUGCCCAAAGUUGAGCUUCACGCCCAUUUAAAUGGCUCUUUAAGCAAGUCUACUAUGCUUCAACUUAAAAGACUAAAUGCAGAUUCUGGUGUUAAAGAUGAAACUAAUACCUUUAUGGAUGAAUUUGUUAUGGGCGCAGGUGAUACCAGAAAUCUUGCAGAUUGUUUUCAAAUAUUUAGCAUUGCACACGCUUUGACAAUUACGCCGCAAGCAUUGCAAAUAGCCACAAUUCUUACCCUGCAAGAGUUCCAAGACGAUGGUUGUUGUUACAUUGAAUUGAGAAGCACACCCCGAGAUACUCCAUAUAUGAACAAGAGACAGUAUAUUGAUGCAAUCCUUGAAGGUAUAAGAAAUCAUGAUGCAUCUAAUAUUAUAUCAAGAUUAAUUAUUUCAAUAAACAGAAAUAUGUUACAAAAGGAGUCUGAUGAAAUAGCAGAUCUAGCAAUAGAGUAUUUCCAAAAGCAUCCAGAGCUAGUUGUUGGAGUAGAACUUAGUGGCAACCCAACAGUUGGAGAUUUUCAAAGUUUUGUACCCGCAUUAACUAGAGCAAGAGAUGCUGGAUUAAAGAUAGCCUUGCACUGUGGUGAAAUAUGUAAUCCUGGAGAAAUACUAGAAAUGAUCAAUUUCAAACCAGAUAGACUGGGUCAUGGUAUAUGUAUCCAUCCCAAAUCCGGUGGCACAGAAGAAACAUGGCAAGCUUUAUGUAGAUCAUUGAUACCAGUUGAACUUUGCUUGACUAGUAAUGUUAAUACAAAAAGUGUACCAGGGUAUGAUUUGCAUCACUUUAAAGAAUUUUAUGAGGCUGGUAUACCUAUUAUCAUUAAUACUGAUGAUAAAGGCGUUUUUGCAACAUCACUUUCUCAAGAAUACAUGUUAUGUGCGGAAACUUUCCAAUUGGAUAAAACGCAGCUAGCUCGUUUAGCAGUGGGUGCAUGUCAGCAUGUUUUUGACGUAAAAUCUCGUGACACUGUAAAAUCUAAAGUAUUAGAAUUUGUUAAUAAACAUGGUUUAUGUUUAUAA